AUGGAUAAGUUCCAGGCGUUCGGAAAGAACCUCAGCGCGAGCUUCUCGCCCUUUGCUGCGCGCACUCAGCAGAUGAUCAAGGAGCAGCUUGGUCAGGCCGAUGACCGCACUCAACUCCCCGAUGAGUACAUCGAGCUGGAGAAGCGGGUGGAUGCCCUGAAGAUUGUCCACCAGAAGCUUCUUCAAGUGACUUCCCAGUACUCCAACGAGGCCUAUGACUACCCGCCCAACAUCCGCGAAUCCUUCAACGACAUGGGCCGCACCAUCAGCGAGAAGGUUCAGCUCCUUUCCCAGGCCUCCUCUCCCGCUGAGGCUCAGGCUGCCCUGACUGCCCCUCCCUCGGCCAAGCCGCAGCCCAAGACCUUCAACCACGCUAUUGCCCGCGCCUCUCUGGCAGGUUCCCAGACUCUGGCGCAGAGCUCGCAUGGCGAGGACCCCCUGGCCACUGCGCUGGAGAAGUACGCUUUGGCGUCGGAGAAGGUGGGCGAGGCCCGUCUGGCCCAGGACGCUCAGAUCCAGUCCCGCUUCUUGGCUGGCUGGAACACCACUCUUAACACGAACUUGAUGUUCGCCGCGAAGGCACGUAAGAACGUUGAGAACGCUCGUCUUAUGCUCGACUCGAUCAAGGCGAGCAAGAAGGCCGCCGUCAGGGGUGACUGGGACAGCCUGAGUGAGGAGGCUCGUGCGGAGAUUGAGCAGGCGGAGGAUGAGUUCGUCGGACAGACCGAGGAGGCUGUUAGCGUGAUGAAGAAUGUUCUCGAUACCCCCGAACCUCUGCGGAACCUGGCCGACUUGAUCGCGGCGCAGCUAGAGUACCACAAGCGGUCUUACGAGAUACUCAGCGAGCUGGCUCCUGUUGUCGAUGGCUUGCAGGUUGAGCAAGAGGCCAGCUACCGUAAGAGCCGUGAGGGCGCGUAA